AUGGUUAUGAUUCUUGGCGUUGGGGAUCUAAAGAAACGAGACAGACAGAGCAAGCUCAGAAAUGCGAGUGUUUCUACGGGCAUGCUCGAGGACCAACAAAUCCUUCCCACUUCAAAACGCACGAAGAAGCCCCGUGACAUGCCUGGAGAUUCCAGACUUGCUCGCUUUGAUUUCGUGGAUGCCCCUGUAGGGGAAUUGGCUAUUAUCUUUACAGAUAUUAAAGGGUCAACGAGCCUUUGGGAGACCUGCCCUGAUGCAAUGCGCUCUGCCAUACAAAUCCAUAAUGACAUACUUCGUCGACAGCUUGGAAUCAUUGGUGGGUACGAAGUCAAGACUGAGGGAGAUGCCUUUAUGGUUGCCUUUUCCACGACUACGGCUGCCUUGCUCUGGUGCUUCAACUGUCAAAUGCAGCUUCUAGAAGCAGAAUGGCCGACGGAAAUUCUCGAACAACCUCAGUGUGAGGUCGAGUACGAUAUGGACAAUAAUAUUAUUUUCCGUGGACUUUCUGUCCGUAUGGGUAUACAUUGGGGUGAGCCUGUCUGUGAAAAGGAUCCCGUUACUAACCGCAUGGACUACUUUGGACCGAUGGUGAACCGCGCCUCUCGUAUCUCCGCUGUUGCCGAUGGCGGGCAGAUCUUCGUGUCAUCGGAUUUUAUGAGCGAUAUCCAACGCAAUCUGGAGGUGUUUGCAGAUAGUGAGCGUGCUGCAUCAACUGGUUCGGAAGAGGGUUAUGCUGUGGAUAACCUUGGGUAUAACAUCCGUCGUGAGCUGCAACAACUCAACAGCCUUGGCUUCGUGAUCAAAGACCAGGGAGAACGGAAGCUGAAAGGCCUGGAGAACCCCGAGCCGCUUUACCUCAUCUACCCUCACACCCUAUCGGGCCGAUUAAGUAUCAUGCAGAAAGAUGCAGCAAGUGACAAGAAUGUCCCAACAACCAUUAGCAAACACUCCCAGCUGGAAAUUCAAACAGACCUCAUCUGGCGCCUCUGGGAGAUUACCCUCCGCUUAGAGAGGCUGUGUGGCGCUUUGGAGUAUCCGGGCGAGGCCCGACUAAAGGAGCCCAACGUGUCGCUCUUCAAUGUCGUUAAAAAUCAUGGAGGAGAGCUUGCUGACUCGACCGUGGUCAGCUUGGUUGAACAACAAGUGACUCGCAUCGAAAUGACGGUUAGCACUCUUGCAAUUCGGAACAUGUUACGGCCCUUCAGACCGCACGACCGACUCGAUGAUCAUGCCAUGCCUAUCAAAGACGUGUUACAGGAGCUGCAAACCCAGCUUGCCGAAUACAGGGCCCUCAAAGAGCAGAUUUCUGUCAGUGCUGCUGGCAUCACUGACAGGAGUCCGAGUUACGCGGCGACGGAUUUGGCAUCUCUCAAAGACCGCAACAGUUCUGCAUCGUCGUCUUUUCUUCACAUGAGCAUCCCAGCUGAUGACGUGGACAACUAA